UCAAAACCCCAAAUAAAAUAUUAAAACUCGGCUUUGCCCUCAGCGUUCUCUCUCGGAGAUCAAGAUCCGGCACCUCUGCAUCCUCCUAACUCUGUGUGUUUCUCGCCUGAAUACAAAGGUUUAACCUUUGUUUGAAGUUAGUGAAACCCAAAAGGGAGAUAUGCCAAUUUAGAGACAGAACAGAGAGAAGCAGAGAGAUAUGGUGAGGCCAGCGGGGAAGCAGAAUUGUGGUCGGGUUGUGUUGGUUUCAUGCCUCGCGCUUUUAGCCGCCGGGCUUAUCGCCGACUUCCUCUGGGCUUCUUCUCACCGCUUCUCCUCCGCCGGAAUGUCUCUUCCUUCCUCCGUCACCACCGUGAUCGGAAAACUCCCGCCUAAAUCCAAUGAAGAAGAAACUAAGAAGAAGAAGGAUAAUGCUCGUGAAAGGAAGCUUUCUGCGACGUUUCAAGAUCUGGAUGCUCCUCAACUACAAUGGGAGAAGAUGGCAUCUGCUCCUGUGCCUCGUCUAGAUGGAGCUGCAAUUCAGAUUAGAAACUUUCUCUAUGUGUUUGCUGGAUACGGCAACAUUGAUCUUGUGCAUUCGCAUGUUGAUAUAUACAAUUUCGUAGAUAAUACAUGGGGAGGGAGAUUCGAUAUGCCUAAAGAGAUGGCACAUUCACAUUUAGGGAUGGUAACUGAUGGGAGAUACAUCUACAUCGUCACUGGUCAGUAUGGUCCUCAAUGUAGAGGACCUACGGCUAAAACAUUUGUGCUCGACACUGAUACAAAUACGUGGAGUGACUUCAUUUCUUUACUAGUUCCUAGGUAUGCUCCAGCUACUCAGCUAUGGAGAGGUAGACUCCAUGUGAUGGGUGGAAGCAAAGAGAAUCGACAUACACCAGGACUUGAACACUGGAGUAUUGCAGUAAAAGAUGGGAAAGCAUUGGAAAAAGAGUGGAGAAGUGAAAUUCCAAUCCCUCGUGGAGGACCUCACAGAGCAUGUGUAGUAGUGGAUGACCGGCUUUUUGUCAUUGGUGGUCAAGAAGGUGAUUUCAUGGCGAAACCAGGAUCACCCAUCUUCAAAUGCUCACGCCGUAUGGAGGUGGUAUUCAGUGAUGUCUACAUGCUGGAUGAGGAAAUGAAGUGGAAAGUUAUGCCGUCGAUGCCAAAACCCGAUUCCCAUAUUGAAUUUGCGUGGAAAGUGGUUAACAACUCCAUUGUAAUCGUUGGAGGCACCACAGAGAAGCAUCCUGAAACCAAGAAGAUGGUUCUCGUUGGCGAAGUCUUCCAGUUCAACCUGAAUACAAUGAAAUGGUAUGUGAUUGGGAAGUUGCCAUACCGUGUGAAGACAACGCUGGUUGGGUAUUGGGACGGGCAGUUAUACUUCACCUCAGGGCAACGAGACAAAGGUCCAGAUGAUCCUGCGCCGCGUAAGGUACUUGCAGAGAUGUGGAGAACCAAACUGAUACUGAAUCCAUGACCAUGAGAAAGAGAAAGAGAGAGAUAGAAACAUUCAAUCUCCCUUUUGGUAAUGCAAAAUCACACAACAUUCUUUUGAAGUUCAUAUUCUUUCAGGUUAACCCAUCCCACUACACAAACGUAACUAUCUAAAACUGUUGAUGGGCCAUUUGUAUAUUGUAACGUUCUUGAAACACAAGUCAUGUAGAAAAGUUCAAAUUUCAACA